AAUUGCAAGUUAUAUAGUCAGAAUUGUGAGAUAUAAACUCGCAAUUCUGAGGAAAAAAAAGGUCAGAAUUGUGAAUAAAAAGUCACAAUUAUCUUUUAAAUGGUUUUAUUCCCUGCUGGAAACUUCUCUGGUUUCUCUCUAUAAAAUCAGUAGUUAUCAAACUCAGUCAAAAGAUAUUCAAAUCAGUAUGUCUGUCUUGAUUUAACUUGAUUUACUAAAACUACUUAACUGAACCAUGCUUAGAUUUGGAUGGCUUUGUUUGCUCAAACUCUCUUCGACACCUAAAGACUGACUCUACAUUUUCCAAAAGCCCACUGUUUCAGAUGUGUCAUCCUAUCUAAUAUUCAAAUGGCUGCUGAAUGCAUACGUAUUAUCUGUCGGGUGGCUCUCUAUGGUCAUUGACAUUAUAGGAGAGAGCUUCCUUAUCUGACUCAAACCUGAGCACCACGGGCGUGCUGUGAAACAGCGGUUUCCUGCAUGUGGCAUUGUCUGUUCUUUCUUUUAUUUUUCUUAAUUCCGUCUUUGUUUCCUUCUGCGAGCUUGUAUUGUUCUUACUACUGUAAGCUGCCUUCAGAAUGACACCGUUACAAUUCAAAGAUUCUUUUUGGGGCCCUGAAUUCACCAGCAACACUGGAUAUGAGACUCUUAUCCAGAGGCUAUGUGAUGGACGACGAGCAUGCAAAGAUAUGGAAGAGCUCUUAAAAAUGAGGGCGAUGGCAGAGGAAAGAUACGGCAAGGAAUUGAUUACUAUCGCACGCAAGACAGGAGGGCAAAGUGAAAUUGGCACUUUAAAGGCAUCAUUUGACCAACUAAAAGUCCAAAUGGAGAACAUUGGAAAUUUGCACAUUCAGCUUUCUGGUAUGUUACGAGAAGAGGUGAAACGCAUGGAGCAGUUCAGAGAGCGACAGAAGGAGCAGCGGAAAAAGUUUGAAGGGGUCAUGGAAAAGGUUCAGAAGAUCAAAGUAUCAUUAUAUAAGAAAACCAUGGAGUCUAAAAGGACGUAUGAACAGAGGUGUAAAGAGGCGGAUGAAGCUGAACUGGCUAUCGAGAAGCUCAACAGUACACCCAAUGUCACCCCUAAACAAUCUGAAAAGACGCAAAACAAAGCAAAGCAGUGCAGGGACGGAGCCAUGGAUGCAGAGAAACAGUACAUGUCAAACAUAGAGCAGCUGGAUAAGAUUCGUCAGGAAUGGGAAACCACACAUGAAUGCACAUGUGAGGUCUUCCAGCAGCAGGAAGAUGAUCGUAUUAAUAUUUUGAGAAAUGCUAUUUGGGUCCACUGUAAUCACUUUUCCAUGCAAUGUGUCAAAGAUGAUGAGUGCUAUGAGGAAGUGAGGGCAGUUCUAGAAAUGUGUGACAUCACGGAAGACAUAAACAGUUUCAUCAACACAAAAAGCACCGGCACCACUCCUUCAGCACCCAUUGUGUUUGAGAACUAUUAUGACAAAGAACCAACAAUGGACAGCAAUGGCAUCGCACGCUUCGGAGGAGGUGUGAUGAAGAGAAAUAAGUUAGACAUAAAGCUGCUAGUAGAGGUGUCACAAAGAAAUAUACAGUAUAGGUGGAGCUGUGAUAUACUACUCUGUAUUGCUUGCACGAGGUGCUAUAACAAGUUUUCAAAUCUCUUGCAAGGCAACUGUGCCGCUGGCUCAAAGACUAGUAAUGAAUGUAUUCAACCAUCAGCACCUCCAUCAGCUGACAACUCAGAUGGAGUGUAUGCUUCUAUUCCUGGAUUUCCACAAGAAACUUCAAAUAGUGCUGGCUCUCAGAGCGGCACAUACCAGGCUCAGUAUGACUACGUGGCUCAGGGCACUGAUGAGCUCUCCAUCUCUGCGGGGGAAGUGCUGCUCGUGGUGGAACAGGGAGGAGAUGGCUGGUGGACGGUGGAGAGGGACGGCCAGACUGGGCUGGUGCCAGGCUCCUACUUGGCCAAGAUAUGAAUUAAGAGACUAGAGAACAUUGGAACAUCUCUCUGUGUCCUUAAACGCCCUCUAAUAGCAGAGUUAUUAAGGCCACUCCUUAUGAAGUGUCUCAGACGAGGAUUUCUGUUUGCUAAAAUGCAUUUAUGCAGCAGCACAUCCAUAUGGAACAUCUCUAAAUGAAUCAAAAUGUGUUAAUUUGUAUAUGAAAAACUGGUCAUUUUACAUGAAUAUACAUUAAUGUUAAGAUAGAGAUUUAUAUUUAUUAGAAAGUUUUUAGAAAAUUAUUUAUUGUGAAUAAAAAGCAUAAGAAUGUAUAAGAGAUGGUGACUAGGCACUACGGACUUGCCAUGAUUUAGUUUAUGAGAAGACAGUGACAGUGUACAUAUAGAUAGAUAUCUUCACAGAAUUAUUAUUUUUUUAAAGUUAAAGGGUUAAUUCACAUUCUGUCAUUUAUUACUCUCCCUCGUGUCGUUCCAUACCCUUAAGACCUUCGUUCAUCUUCAGAA